GGCGGGCACAACUCGCAGAUGCGCAAGACGCUCUUUGCGCCGUACCUCCCGCAGGCGAGCAUCCCUCCCCUGCUCGCCGCCGGCAAGCUCGUCAUCGGCACGCUCCGCGUCAACAAGCGCAACCGCAGCGACGCCUACGUCGCGACCGACGUCCUCGACACCGACAUCUUCAUCUGCGGGUCCAAGGACCGCAACCGCGCCCUCGAGGGCGACAUUGUCGCCGUCGAGCUCCUCGACCCGGACGACGUGUGGGGCACCAAGAAGGACAAGGAGGAGAAGAAGCGCAAGAAGGAGGAGCAGGCGUCGUUCGACCCGCGCACGGCGCGCGACCUGCGCAAGCAGGACAAGAAGAAGGACGACGUCGAGGUCGAGGGCCAAGGGCUCCUCCUGUUCGAGGAGGAGGAGGUGACCGACGAGCAGAAGCCGCAGUUCGCCGGCCACGUCGUCGCCGUCCUCGAGCGCGCACCGGGCCAGCUCUUCAGCGGCACGCUCGGCGUCCUGCGCCCGAGCUCGGCCGCGACGCAGCAGAAGCAGGACGCCGAGCGCCGCGAGCGCGAGGGCGUCGACCUGCGCGGCGGCGGCCACCACCCGCACCGCCAGAUGGCGCCCAAGAUCAUCUGGUUCCGCCCGACCGACAAGCGCGUGCCCCUCAUCGCCAUCCCGACCGAGCAGGCGCCGGCCGACUUUGUCGACAACCCGGACAAGUACCAGGACCGCCUCUUCGUGUCGUGCAUCAAGCGCUGGCCCAUCACGUCGCUGCACCCGUUCGGCCAACUCGUCGAGGAGCUCGGCCCAAUCGGCGACAUCGAGACCGAGACGCUCGCCCUCCUCAAGGACUGCAACUUCUCAGCCGAGGACUUUGCCGACAGCGUCACCAAGUGCCUCCCGCCGACGCCGUGGUCCAUCCCCGAGCGCGAGACGCAGCCCGACGUCCGCCGCGACCUGCGCGAGCACCGCGUCUUCACGAUCGACCCCGAGACGGCCAAGGAUCUCGACGACGCCCUGCACGUCGUCAAGAACGACGACGGCACGUACGAGGUCGGCGUCCACAUCGCCGACGUGUCGCACUUUGUCAAGCCCAACACGCCCCUCGACCGCGAGGCCCGCAAGCGCGCGACGACCGUCUACCUCGUGCAGCGCGCCGUGCCCAUGCUCCCGCCGACCCUGUCCGAGGAGCUGUGCUCGCUCAACGCCGGGUCCGACAAGCUCACGUUCUCGGUCAUCUUCACCAUGUCGCCCGAGGGCCAAGUCGUGUCGACCUGGUUCGGCAAGACGGUCAUCAAGUGCGUCCCUUCUCUCUCUCUCUCUCUCCUUUCGCCCCUCGUCAUUGACGACGCCGAGUUGCGCGAGGGCGUCGAGGGCGACGUCAAGAUGCUCGCCAGCAUCGCCAAGCACCUGCGCUCGCGCCGCUUCACCAACGGCGCGCUCCGCAUCGACAACGUCAAGGUCUCGUUCGCGCUCGACGAGUUUGGCCUGCCGAUCGACGCUCGCGAGGCGGUGCGCAAGGAGGCCAACGAGCUCAUCGAGGAGUACAUGCUCAUGGCCAACAUCGCCGUCGCCGGCAAGAUCGCGUCGGGCCUGCCGGACCAGGCCCUCCUGCGCCGCCACGAGUCGCCGAUCGACCGCCGCCUCGAGGCGUUCGUCGCGCGCAUGAAGAGCCUCGGCAUCGACCUCGACUCGUCGUCGUCGGGCUCGCUCAUGGCGUCGAUCGCCCAGGUGACCGACCCGGAGGAGCGCCUCACGCUCCAGCACCUCAGCACCCGGUCGAUGCUGCGCGCCAAGUACUUCUGCACGGGCACGCUCGACAUCUCCAAGUACGGCCACUACGCCCUCAACGUCCCGCUGUACACGCACUUUACGUCGCCGAUCCGCCGGUACGCCGACGUCAUGGUCCACCGCCAGCUCGAGGCGGUCCUCGCCGCCCAGGCCGCCGGCACGCCCCUCGACGCCCGCUUCCCGCUCGACGUCGAGAGCGUGUCCAAGGUCGCCGCGACGUGCAACAUCAAGAAGGACGCGGCGCGCCAGGCCCAGGAGCAGUCGCAGCACCUGUUCCUGUGCGUCCUCAUCGACGACCUCACCAAGCGCUACGGCCCCGUCAUCCGGUACGGCACCGUCAUCGGCGUCCUCGACCAGGCGUUCGACGUCCUCGUGUCCGAGUUUGGCGUCGAGAAGCGCGUCCACGUCGACCAGAUGCCGACCGAGAGCACCCUGCACGACGAGCGCGAGAACACGCUCCAAAUCUUCUGGAAGAAGGGCGUCGACGUCCUGUCGUGGCUCGCCGAGACCAACCAGGACGAGCACCUGCAGCGCCUGCGCUCGGUCGCCAAGCACCAUUCGUCGCUCAUGGAGGCCGACAGCGGCAAGGGCGACGCCGAGCAGGCGCUGUUCGACGACGACGAGGACGAGGACGAGGGCGCGAGCUCGGCGACCAAGGCCGCACACGGCAACGGCUCCGUCGCUCGCGAGAAGCGCGUGCUCGAGACGGAGCAGCACAAGAAGAGCAGCCAGCGCGCGCCCUUGCGCUUCAACGGCGUCUCGACCGAGAACGGCCACGCCUCGCAGCUCAUCAAGACUCUCGACCACGUGCCCGUCGUCGUCUCUGCCGACCUGAGCAAGAGUCCGCCUGUCAUUCGCGUCACUGCCUGCUCGCCUUUCGCGUGAGGCGACGCGUCUCUUCCCGCCCAUCCUCUUGUAGCUUGUACCCCCUGCGUCCUCCCUCCCUCCUCUCUCUCUUUCCCUCUCCUCUCUCGUUUCUCUCCUCUCGCCUGUGCAGGAUACCUCGA